AUGGAUAUUGUUAGUUCGCCAAACGCAAUGAACAAAAAACAGCUCUCCGCAAAUUCAAAUGCCGAGCAAAAAAGGCUUGUUGCCAAGUUUGUUAGAGAGCACACCAACCUUCUCUCUGGCAAAUUCACAAACUGGUUCACCAAAGAAUCGGGCAAAAAUCUGUGGCAAGAAGCCUCAGUAGCAUUGAAUGCGGUGCCCAGUGGUGGUUUCAAGGAUUGGAAGCAGUGGAGAAAGAUCUGGCAAGACCUAAAAACAAGGACCAAAGUGAAGGAGGCGGCUGUCCGUAAGUACAGGACUGGAACUGGUGGUGGACCUAGAAUGCCGCCUCCAACACUUAAACCGGAAGAGGAGGUGGCAGUCGAGGCCCUCACAAAAGUCUCAAUCGAGGGACAUAACAUAAAGAACUUUGAGGAGCAAAUAAGGAAUCCCUUGCCGGCCCAACCUCAUUCCUCAUUACAGUUAGUUUUUUCUCCAGUGUCUGUAUCCGAACCCCCGAGUCCAACAAAGUCUCCUAUUCCCUGUCCCUCGCUCACUCCUAUUGCAGACUGUGGCACAAAUAGUAUUUGAAACCUUAUUUUAGAUGAAAAUAUUCGGUUUCAAUAUGGGACUCAAAUCCACAACCUCUGAAUUUGAGGCCUAACAGAUUAGUGACUAAACAGUUUUCAAACCUUUUUUGUUCGAUUUUUUCAUUUAUUUUAUAAUCAGUGAAAGAGGUGAUGUGGUUAGAUACUUCAAUUGUUUCUUGCAUCAAAUUUCUGUAUACUUAAAACCAAAGUACUUAUUUUAGACUCAAUUUUAGAAAUAAAAAAGUUCUCAAAAUUUUCCUACACAAAAAACUCAC